AAUGCAAAUGAGAUGGAGUAUUGUUAUUAUUUUAUCUAUUUGAAUUAGAAUGUAUUGCGUGCUAUAGGCCUAUAAUUUGUACAAGGUUCAAGUUACGUUUGCUCUCUGACAUUUGAAUGCAAAUUAGAUGGUAGGGCAAAAUCGGUAGGCGUACAGUACGACCAUAUAAUGCAUAUCAGUUGUAUCAUGUAUACAAUUACAUUAUUUUCAUGCUUUCAUAAGUGAUGACAAUUCAGUCAACGGUCAUUCAUUCCAUUAAGCACUUCUACAUAAUAUGGUAGGUAAGAGCUUUAAGAGAAGAAUGUUUCGCCGUGGUUCUACAUAGGAACUUAAAAAAAACAGGUUUCUCAUCAGGUUUUUAGAAAAGAUCUAUGGGCUGUAUGUUUGCACCAGUGACUUGACAAAAGAACAUAAUUAUUUAUGUGUUUGAAAACAAAUAUGGCAAAUGUUACAGACGGUGAUUCAGUUGGAUUGAUAGUAGCCCGUUGUUUGAUUUGCAGUGUGGGUAUCAUAGCGAAUGCACUUGUCAUUGUCGUUAUGAUCUACAAUAAAAUCUUCAGGAAAUCGAUCACAAAUACGUUAUUACUUCAUCAAUCUAUAUUGGACUUUUUGGGUUGCUGCCUGUUUCUUGCUUUUUACAAUAACGACGCUCCUUCAGGUGAUGGAGCCAAGAUAUUCUGCAAAGCUAGAGUGAUGUUUUGGUACAUAUCUGCAGCGUCUACUUAUAACCUGGUGAUGCUAACUAUCGAACGAUACCUAGCAGUUGCGCAUCCGUUAAUGUAUCGAAAGAGACAAAUUUACAGGAAAAGACUAAUUCCAUUGUCGAUACCCCAUUUGUGUGGUUUUCUCUCAUCACUUCAGUUGGGGAUAUUUGCUGACGAGGAUAAGGAAUAUCCUGGUGAAUGCAUGUACGAUUAUCAUGGGGACAGUGCAAGAGUAUUUUCCGGGAUUCUACUUUUCACGACGUAUUGGCUAAUUCCAGUCUGUAUUAUGGGAUAUUGUUACAUCUGUAUAUUACUCGGUUUACGCAGAAGGAAAAAUGUUGGCCUACGCAGGGAUUCAAGCAAUACCGACAGUAAGCCAACUCGUUUGAAUAAACAAGAAAGAAACCUUCUAUAUACACUUGUUGUUGUUUGUAUUGCUUUCCUAAUAACCGUUACGCCUAAUUUUGUUUUGUACUUAAUCUACGCCAUAUGUAACUGCUUUGCCUUCAGUAAAGUUAGUAUUCACGAAGUAACAGUCCUCAUGAAUACAUCAAACCUUUGUAUCAAUCCGUUUAUUUAUUGUUUCAAUUUUAAAGAGUUUCAAAGAGAAGUAGUAAAAAUAAAAAACAAUGUGUUUCAGAAAAAUCACAUCUUUACGACGAAAGAGUGAAAGAUUAUAGCCUUGAAGUACCAGCAAAUGAGAAACGUAAUGACGAAAAUCAUAAGUAAAAUGCGCGUGACGUUCAAUAUUAUAUACAUUAUAUACGCACGUCAGGAAUGUUUUUUUUUGUGCAUAUACAGGUCUCCCUACAAUUAGAGUCCACUUUUGGGACCGGGAUUUUAGUGGUCUUUAGAGCUUUGGUCUAAUUAGAAUCUCUCUAAUUAAAAACCGGCACUAAAUGUAGUCUUAAAUAUCACUAUUUAGAAGGGAAAUUAAGAUAUGCUAUAAUAAAUAUAAGUUUGUUUUACUCCAAGUGUUUCAGAAUGUAUUACAGUUAUGCUCUUAAUAAACCAUUUAUUGGUAGGCAAACAUCAAGUCCUGCGCUCAUUCUACCAAAAUCUCUAUUACAAUAAUAACAACACGGUCCUACUAGAGCUAUCAGUAGGUAUAUUAAAAAGAGCAUUGUACAUAUACACAAAACAUCAUUUUAUGCUGUGUACCGUAUUAUUUUAAUGUAUACAGUCAUAUCAUCAUUUUUUAUUAUUUUUUAAAUAUUGCAUAUAAGUCACUAUUGUAAUGUAGGCCUAUUCUUUAUUUGAAAGAAAAAUUUCAGUUGGGUCUGCCAAAACCAUUAUAUGAUACAUUAUGUUUGGAUGGUUUAUUACAAGUAUUUUAGAAUGGAUUACUGUAUGCUGUUACUGAUUCCUAAUAAACACUUUAUUGGUAGCCACACAUCAAGUCCUGUGCUCCUACUCAAAUAUUCAUUACAAAAAUACAAUUAUCAACGUCCUACUAACAUAAUUUGUAUUCAAUAUGAAGCACUACACAAAACAUAGGUUUUUUUUGGCGUGUAGGCCUACUUCUUUUUAAACCACCUUUCCAUUAAAAUGUUCUAACAUCACCAAUGCCAUUAUCGUAAUUCAAUAACACACACCAAACAUCAUCUUUUGAUGUGCAUUGGCUAAUAUUUUAUGUUUAAGUCAUGCAACAACAUUUAUUAUAGGAAAAAAAAACAUUACCGUCACUCUCUAUAUUACAGCGGCCUUUAAUUGAGGGAAAAUUAUCGAUUGCACCCACCAAAACCAUGAUAGAACUUUGAACAUCUAAUGCUAAGAGACAGGAAUUCAACAGGGGCCGCCGCAGAAAAGUGGUCCAAUUUAAUUGUAGAUGGUUUUUAAUUGGAGAAAUCUUUACUUAGAGGGAGACCUGUAUUAUAUAAUUAAAUUUAAUUAAAAAUAACCUAAUAGGUAUGCAUGCAUCUCUGUCUUAGAUAUCUUUUGGACGAUCCCACCUAAAUCUAUAGUUCUUGUACAUAGGCCUAUAUUUAAGUCAAAUCCUAUGUUUUAUUUAAUGUUAAAGUUCUUGAACGGUAAAUACGGAUACUCCAGUGUAAAUACAAACUAACAUUCAAGUCAGAAUUAAUUGAAUAACUCUAAUUUUUUUUCUCUCUCUAUUUUUCUGCCUUUAUUUAAUGUUAAAAAACACUUUAAUAUUGUAAUGUACUUUUUUUUGCUUUGAAAUAUUUGUUUGUAUGACAUCUUUUGAAGAUGAAUUUUUAAAAAAGGUUAUAAUAAAUAUUAUGCCGCUCAUAUUAUAUUUAUAUUGUAUUUUAUUGCGCCCCUGUAUUGGUGUCGCUAUGUACAGUUGGUUUCUUAAAUAGAUAAAAAUAUAAAUAAAUAGAUAGAUAGAUAGGUAGAUAGACAAAUUAAAUAAAUAAUAGUAACCAUAAUAAUAAUUGUUAUUAUUUACAUGUAAUUUAAGAUAGAAACUACUGUAAAUGUCUUGUUUUGAAAAUACAAAAAAUAGGCAUAUGUAUGCAUAAAACAUUAAAAAUGGCAACUAUUAAAAUACGAUGGAAAAAGUAAGUAUAUGGGUACAAGCAUUAGUACUAAAGAAAGUGAUUUGAAAGAUAUUAAAAUCCUUGAAAUAAUAAACUUGAAAUACUUCGAUUUGACAAAGAACCAUUAAGAGUAAAUGGCCUUGUCACUCUUUGGAGGACAAGGAAAUCCUGGUGAAUGUAUAUAACUCCCAUGGGGACAGUGCAAGAGUAUUUCCGGUAAGUUCACUUUUAACGACUUACAUUGGCUAAUUCCAAUUUGAAAUAUUGUUAUAUCUGUAGGCCUAUAUUAUUACUGUGUUGAACAAUAAGUAUACGCCAUAUAUUUUGUCAUGUCACACGUAACAAUACAAUAAAUAAUAUCUGAAGGAUAAAAAUUAGCCUAUAUCAAAUUCUACAGUAGAAAGCGAUUUAAAAAAAUCUGAUCCAUUAUAUAAAAAUACAUUGUAGGCCUAUGUAAUAAUUUUAAACGCGUUAUGGCAUCUCUUUUUUUCACUCUUAUUUUGAUGAAAUAUAUUUCUAAAUCUGCUGAUUAGCGUUUGCUACUAAAUGUAUAGGAUACAAAUUUAUGUGAUAGAAGCCUCUUUGACAUGAUAUGUCAAUAGGCCUACCUCUGUAUAACAAUUAUAUAAAAGUUUAAUGAAGCCGUGUUAGUCUAAACAAUA